AAGAAGAAACUAUUAAUGAACCGUUUCUACGGAUAUUACAAGAUCCAAGAGGGGUUUUACAAGACUCGCCUCGAUUGAAGGUGAUUAAUUCUGCUUUAAAACACAAUAAUUUGGAUUCUUCAAUGGCUACUUUAUGCUGUGAUAUUAUUCAGAAAGAAUUUUUUCUUUAUAUGGAAAUUCCGGAGAUGGCACGUUAUUUUGGGCAUGCAGUUCAGGCUUUAUUAGAAAAAACAUAUGAACCUUUAAGACGCAUCUCUGCAAUCGCUUUUCUUAAAGAAUUUGUAUGUUGCAUGUGGGAUCAAACACUGCAAGAUGACUAUACACUACCAAUUUCAUUUAUUGGCAUAAUGGACGUUGGUGAAUUUGAUGGUGAAGUGCUUAUUGAAGAAAUCAAUAAUUUUAUGACUGUAGAUAAUCCCUUAAUUGAGUCACUCAAG